AUGGAAAAAAAGCCAGUGAACCCAAAGAAGUUGUGGGAGAAAAAAAAAGACUCAAAGCCCGCGGCUGCCCCGCGUCCUUCUGGAGGAGGAGUUGGUGGUGGUGGAAAACGGGGUGGCAGGAAGGAUGACUCCCACUGGUGGUCCCGGUUCCAGAAGGGCGAUGUUCCGUGGGACGACAAGGAGUUCAGGAUGUACUUUGUCUGGACUGCGCUGUUCUGGGGCGGAGUCAUGUUUUACUUCCUGUUCAGGACCUCGGGGCGGGAGAUCACGUGGAAGGACUUUGUCAAUAACUACCUCUCCAAAGGAGUGGUAGACAGACUGGAAGUCGUCAACAAGCGUUUUGUUCGAGUGACUUUUACACCAGGAAAAACUCCCGUUGAUGGGCAGUACGUCUGGUUCAACAUUGGCAGCGUGGACACCUUUGAGCGGAAUCUGGAGACUUUACAGCAGGAGCUGGGCAUAGAAGGGGAGAACCGGGUCCCCGUGGUCUACAUCGCCGAAAGUGACGGCUCCUUCCUGCUGAGCAUGCUGCCCACCGCGCUCAUCAUCGCCUUCCUGCUCUACACCAUCCGGAGGGGGCCGGCCGGCAUCGGCCGCUCGGGCCGCGGCAUGGGCGGCCUCUUCAGUGUCGGGGAGACCACCGCCAAGGUGCUGAGGGACGAGAUAGACGUGAAGUUCAAAGACGUGGCGGGCUGUGAGGAGGCCAAGCUGGAGAUCAUGGAGUUCGUGAAUUUCCUGAAAAACCCAAAGCAGUACCAAGACCUGGGUGCAAAGAUCCCAAAGGGUGCCAUUCUCACUGGUCCUCCAGGCACUGGGAAAACACUGCUGGCCAAGGCCACAGCCGGGGAAGCCAACGUCCCUUUCAUCACCGUCAGUGGCUCUGAGUUCUUGGAGAUGUUUGUCGGUGUGGGUCCAGCUCGAGUCCGCGACCUCUUUGCCCUCGCUCGGAAGAACGCUCCUUGCAUCCUCUUCAUCGAUGAGAUAGAUGCCGUGGGGAGGAAGAGAGGAAGGGGCAACUUCGGGGGACAGAGCGAGCAGGAGAACACCCUCAACCAGCUGCUGGUGGAGAUGGACGGCUUUAACACGACCACAAACGUGGUCAUUUUGGCGGGCACCAACCGGCCAGACAUCCUGGACCCCGCGCUGAUGCGGCCGGGCCGCUUCGACCGGCAGAUCUUCAUUGGACCACCGGACAUAAAAGGAAGAGCCUCUAUUUUCAAAGUUCACCUCCGACCCCUGAAGCUGGACAGCGCCCUGGAAAAGGAGAAGCUGGCGAGGAAGCUCGCAUCCCUGACUCCAGGGUUUUCAGGAGCCGACGUUGCAAAUGUCUGCAAUGAGGCUGCUCUGAUCGCUGCGAGGCACCUCUCGGAUGCCAUAAACCAGAAACACUUCGAGCAGGCGAUUGAGCGGGUGAUUGGUGGCUUAGAGAAGAAAACCCAGGUCCUGCAGCCCGAGGAAAAGAAGACGGUGGCGUACCACGAGGCCGGCCACGCGGUUGCCGGCUGGUACCUGGAGCACGCCGACCCGCUCCUGAAGGUGUCCAUCAUCCCGCGGGGCAAGGGGCUGGGCUACGCGCAGUACCUGCCCCGGGAGCAGUACCUGUACACCCGGGAGCAGCUCCUGGACAGGAUGUGCAUGACGCUGGGUGGCCGCGUGGCCGAGGAGCUCUUCUUCGGCAGGAUCACCACUGGCGCCCAGGACGACCUGCGCAAAGUAACUCAGAGCGCCUACGCCCAGAUCGUGCAGUUCGGCAUGAACGAGAAGGUCGGGCAGAUCUCCUUCGACCUGCCGCGCCAGGGGGACAUGGUCCUGGAGAAGCCCUACAGCGAGGCUACCGCGAGGCUGAUCGAUGAUGAGGUGCGGCUGCUCAUCAGCGACGCCCACAAGAGGACGGUCGCCCUCCUGACGGAGAAGAAGGCGGACGUGGAGAAGGUCGCUCUCCUGUUACUAGAAAAAGAAGUGCUGGACAAGAAUGACAUGGUUGAACUUCUGGGCCCCAGGCCAUUCGCAGAGAAGUCUACCUACGAAGAAUUUGUGGAAGGCACAGGCAGCCUGGACGAGGACACCUCGCUCCCAGAGGGCCUGAAGGAGUGGAACAAAGAGCGGGAAGGGGCCCGCGAGGAGCCCGCGGGUGAGAAGGCCGCCAACCAGAGCUGAGGGGGGCGUUGUGGCGCGUCUUGUGUCGCAGCCUCGGUGUGCACACGAUGUCAGCGCCGGCUCGCAGGAGGCCCUGCGACGUCGUGUCAGCCGGCUGCAGCCCAGGUGACAGGGAAGUUGGGGGCGGGGGACGUGCCCCGCCUCGGGCCCUCGGGCAGCGGCUGGGUUAGCGGGUCCCGUGCCCCUGUUGGGGCCGGAUUCGGGGGGCCUUAUUCUCACCUCACCCCUCUUCACUCCUUCAGGGUCUCCCUCUGUGAUGGCUGUGAAAUUAAACUGGAGUCCUGAUAGAGUAUUUUCAUUUGAUUUAAUAUUUUAGAGAUUGAGUCCAGAUCACAUGUUGCUCUUUUGCGAUAGAAUGUUUUUCUACGGAGAGUGUAACAUAUUUAAAAAAAUGAAUGUAUUAUGUAAAUACAGCUUCUUUAUGUCAAAAAUAAAGUACAAACACUGCA